CGAGUUUCUUGUUUCUCCUCUUCUACACUCCACUCUCCCUCCCCAUCUCGGCAUGUCCGACGACCAGCCCGACCCCCGCUCCCCUCGCGGGCGGGAUGCCGACACCGGCGGCCUGCCCACUUCGACCGGCAACCCGUCCCUCGCGAUGCCGAUGCCGCCUGGCGGCUUUCCCGGCGUGUUCGUCGGCGAGCCUAUGCCUCCGCGCCCGCAGCGCAGCCUCAGCUCGAUGCUGUUCCUGACAAUGUUCUUCUUCUUCAUGUCCCAGAACGGCGGCAACCAGCCGCCCCUCGGCACAAUAGGGCCUGACGGCGAGAUCCGCGAGCGCGUCACGGAGCUCAGCUUGCUGCGGCAGCAGGUCGCCGAGUACGAGGGGUUUCUGAACGGGACGGGAAACUGGACCGAGCCCCCAUCUCCUAGCAUUCUCGCAUCGAGCAUCGUGCCGACGCGCUUCGACCACAGCGAGGUGGCGGCGCGCGGCGGCCACUUCUUCCCCAACAUGACGGGGUGGUACCGGCACGCAGUGGCGCACCCGGUCGACCUCCUCAAGGAGCAGGAGGACCGGAGCGACUCGUUCUUCCGCGGCAUCCCCUUGCCAGCGGUCAAGGAGCGCGCGGGGUGGAACCAGACGCUGGCUGACGAGCUGCGCGGCGAGUUCGAUUGGAUGUCCAUCACGUCCUGGGACUUGCGAGUGACGGUGGAGCGAGGCAUUGCGCACGAAGAAGGAGAACGGAAGAAGAGUAGGCCGGAGGGCGACUUCGGGGAGCCACGGCGGGAGGACGAUGAUCUCGUCGCCCGCGCGCCGAAGUGGGCGUGGGUUCGGGGCGGCAUUACAGUGGGCGCGCCCAACACGACGCUCGAGUACAAGUUCUACGGGCUACACCACAUUGCCAACGGGACAUAUGAGCUCUUCUCAUUACACGAAUCGCAGCGCGUGGACAUCCGACACAUCCCAACACUUUAUCCCGAUCACCACAACGAGACGGCGCAAAUAGUGCUUACCGAGCUCAAGAAGGACUUGCAGAUCCAGGAGGACUCAUUGCUCCUUACCGACGUGAAGCCGGAAGAACCGUCUUCAACGAAGUGCCCCCUGCUCAUCCACCUCUCCCUCCCUCCCCUCCCAGCAGGUGUGCAGCUCGAGGACGUACUGCGGUAUGACAGCGAGCUUGCCAACCCCACAGGUCUGUUAUUUAGCUUGAAGCGGCCACCCACAUAUUGGCAGGGCGUGGGUCUCGGAGGUGUGAUCGUCGGUGACCAAUGUGGGUUCGUAGCCGGUCUGGAUCGGGGCCGGGGGGUACCCCUAGACGACUUCUGGCGGAAGACUGUGAACUACGCCGCGUACGCUACUUUGUCCCAGCUUCUCGUCCUCUUCCUCCUCGUCAAUCAGAUGGAGCGCACGCGCACCCCCUCGACACUGGCCAAGGUCUCGCUUUGGACGAUCGUGCUCAUCGCGCUUUCCGAUUCGUGGAUCUGCGGCGCACACUUGCUGACCGGCGUGUUGUCCGAUAACAGGACAAGCCUUCCGAUGCUAGUCACAGGCUUCGCGGCACUGUGCACGGCGAUCGUCUUCGGACCACGAUACGCCGUUUUGCUGCAUAGGAUCCAGGCGCCGGAGCGCAUCAUCUCGCGCCCUCCGCGUCGCCGCGCCGCGUCCACUGCGACAGAUGCAUCAGGCGAUGGCGGAGCAGACGAGUCGGAAGACGAGUCCGAGCCGCCCAUGCCGUGGACCGACCGCCUAGCCCACCUUCUGACCACAUAUCCCGGACUGAAAUGGUUGGGCGCCGUCGCGCUCAUGUUCAUCUUCAUCCAGAUUGCGUCGAUGCCCUCGGUCAUCCCGUUCGUCCUCUUCGCAAUGCAGAGCAUCUGGGUGCCGCAGAUCUACCGCAACGCGCGCCGCGGCUCGAACGGCGCCCUCGGCUACGGCUUCGUCAUCGGCACGAGCAUCGGCCGCCUCGCGCUGCCGCUAUACGCCCUCGUGUGCCCCGACUAUGUCUUCUUGAUCGACAACGCCGACUGGGUAUGGGGCAUGGUGGUGUGGCAGGCGGCCCAGAUCGCCGUGCUCUUCGCCCAGGACCGUUUCGGACCUGCUUUCUUCCUCCCCAAACGCUUCGCCCCAGCCGAGGGGUACGACUACCACCCUCUCUUGCCGGCGCCGGAUGCCGAGAACGCCGUAGAGGGGGCGGGCGAGGUGCCCGCCGAGACGACGUGCUCGAUCUGCAUGGAGGAGGUCAAUACGCACCCCGACCCUGCAGACGGGCCGUUGCUCAGCCUCAACGCGCGAAGGAGCUACGCCGUCGCGCCCUGCCACCACCUCUUCCACACCAAGUGCUUGCAGCAGUGGAUGGCGUUGAAGACCAUAUGCCCGCUGUGCAAGCGACCCCUGCCGCCGCUCUGAGCCCGACAUCGUUGUAUCAGUACAUACCUAGCACACAUACCAUUCAAUGCAUGACAGAUAACAUGGA